GGAAAAUUGAACCAAACGAUCUCAUGUGAUGGCUAACUUGUGCAGAUCAAAAUAGAAAGGUGUUGCUGAAUUGGCCAAAGCGAUUGGACAUUAUCAUGGGAAUUGCUCGAGGACUUCUCUACCUCCACCAGGACUUCAGAUUAAGAAUCAUUCACAGAGACCUUAAGAGCAGCAACAUCUUACUUGAUGAUGAGCUGAACCCCAAAAUAUCUGACUUUGGCAUAGCAAGGAUUUUCGGGCGCAAUCAAGCUGAAGCAAAAACAAAACGAGUAAUCGGGACAUAUGGAUAUAUGUCUCCUGAGUAUGCAAUUGAUGGGAAGUUUUCGGUAAAAUCCGAUGUUUUUAGUUUUGGAGUGCUUUUGUUAGAGCUAGUAAGUGGCAGAAAGAACAGGGGGUUUCAUCAUCCAGAUCACCAUCAUAGUCUUCUGGGACAUGCAUGGCUAUUGUGGAACAAAAACAAGGAGUUGGAACUAAUGGAUGAAUGCUUAGAGGACUCAUAUGUUGAGUUUGAGGUACAAAGAUGCAUUCAAGUGGGUCUAUUAUGUGUUCAAAAAAUGCCGGCAGACAGACCAGCAAUGUCAUCGGUGGUGUUCAUGUUGGGCAACGAGGGAGCAACAUUGCCUCAACCAAAGGAGCCUGGUUUCUUCAUAGAAAGAAGCUUCGCCGACAUUGAUACCUUACUUGGUGAAGUUAGAAGCCACACUGGAACCACAAUCACCAUUACCGCGGUGGAAGCCAGAUAGACUGAUGUAUUUGCAAAGUAACCGGCAAAGAAAGAGGUUGGCCUCAAUGCAUGAGAGGUGAAUUGACAAUUGUAUCAAAUUAUUAUUUCCAGAGUGAUAUGACACGUACAUGUAGUUGCUCAAAGUGGACCUUUAGAACGGACGGGGUAAUUGUGGCGACAGUCUGUCCAGAAGAACCGUGACCUCUCCCUCAACCCAUGCUUGAUUUGAUAGAAGGGUUGUUAUAUAUAAUUAUUACCACAAAAACCUUGUCAAAUAAUUCUUUUGAAGUGGCAUAGCAAAUCAAAAAGUCCAA